AUGGCCAAUAGACUUGCCCAUGGCAAUUCCUAUGUGUCCAUCGGCCCUGCUAUGAAUGUCGGAAAAAGCACUGUUGUGGAGGCUGUUCAAGAUGUAGUCAAUGCUCUUUUUGAUCUCAGAAAUAAUUACAUAAAAUUUCCAAGGACAGCUGCAGAAACCGCUUCAUCCAUUCAAACCUUCAGAGACAACACACRUUCAGAGCUAGUAAACGUCGCUGGUGCAAUCAAUGGGACACAUAUAAUAAUUAUAGCCCCAAAGGAAAAUGCCGUGGAUUAUUUUAGUAGAUAUCAACAGCAUGACAUGAUAGUCCAAGGAGUGGUUGAUGGUAGRGGGAAGUUUAUUGACGCUGUAGUCGGCUUUCCUGGCAGCGCACAUGAUGCAAGAGUUUUGCGAAAUAGUGAUGUUUAUGUUCAAGCUGAAGCAGGAGCAAUACUCCAAGACCCGCGCAUAAACAUCGGCGGGACAGACAUCCGUCCUUAUCUAGUUGGGGAUAGUGCAUACYCUCAAGCACAAUGGCUGAUAAAACCGUUCCCUGAAGGAACAAGAGUCAACGAGGAAAUAACAUUCAACCAGGAGUKAAGUAGAGCAAGGGUUGUAGUAGAAAGAGMUUUUGGAAUUUUAAAGAGUAGGUGGAKGGUUCUUCUAAAAAGGCUUGAUAGCUCGCUGCAGUUUGCAAUCAAAACUACRGUUGCUUGCAUUGUAUUGCACAAUAUCUGUAUCAAACUGAACGACGAUUGGGAUGAUGAUGAGGAAAAUCAUGACCCUCCUGAYAAUCAAAACAAUGCCUGUAUUUUGCAGGAUGGGGAUCAAAUACGCGAUUUACUAAAAGACUUUGUGUGUGGAAACGUGUAA